UGAGCUUUCUAACGGUUAACGGCUUUCUGCAAAAGUUAUACAACAUACAGGUUAUUUCAUAAAAUUAAUGCAAAUAAUGCAUUAUUACGGAUUAGUUGUUAUAUUUCUGGCUGGCUACUGCCUGGCCGAGGAGCUCCUGGAGCUGAGCUGCUCCUCCGAUGUGCAGUGCCUUCAGUUUGAGCGCGGACGCUGCCUUAAUUCGACCUGCCACUGUACAGCACGUGACUCGGGUCAGCGCGUGGACUGCCGCCCCAUGGUGCAGAAGGUGACCAACAUCAUUGGUGGCCACUGUCCCUGCCCUCAGCGCCAUGCCGAAUGCAACAAGCAGCUGCAGCAGUGCACCUGCUCCUCCGGUUUCAUGCCGAGCGAGGACAAGCGACGCUGCCUCGCAGAAAAGGUGGCACUGAACGAACCCUGCGAGUUCCCUCGCCAGUGCCAGUUGGCGGACAAAUUCAGUACCUGCCAACCAAUUCAAAAUCGCUGCCUCUGUCGAAAUAGCUUUGAGUCCCAUCAGGGACACUGCCUGGCCGUCCUGGAGUCCAACUGCGUGAACGACACCGAUUGCGGCAGCUCUGGGGCCUCGCUCUGCCUGCCGCAGCUCAAGAAGUGCGGCUGUGCCGUCCACUAUGUUCACAACCGCAACAUGACCAAGUGCAUCACUGGAUCUAACUACGGCGAUGACUGCGAGACCAGCACGGUCUGCCAGGCGACCCUUGGCUCCGGUGGCCAGUGCCAGGAACACCGCUGCAAUUGUCGCUCCACCCACUAUCCCCGAAAGGUGGCCAACACCGUGCCAAAGGAGGAGGAAGCAGUGGAUACGCACCUGGAGCCGGAGCGGAUUAGCUGCGAGCCCACUGUACCCUUUGGUGCCUACUGUCGCACGGACAGCGACUGCCAAAUGCAUCCUCUGAUGGCAGAAGACGAACCCCAAAAGCCGCCACCGCCCUUCGCGAUGGAGUGCAAGUGGGGCGAGUGCCGCUGCAGUGCCCACCACAGUGUGCGGGAAAAUCAGUGUGUGCUGGAGAGUGCAGGGAGCAGCCGCGUCCCAACAACGCUCUGGAUUGGACUCUUGCUUCAUAUUUCAUUGAUUCUUUAUUAGCAUAUAGAAAAAACUGAUCAACUUAUCAAUACAAUGGUUUAUACAGAUCUCAAUGCAGAUCUCAAUG